AUGACUCAACUCGUCAUCUUCGACUUUGACGGCACCCUCUUCGACACCCACAACUCCAUUGAACAGACCAUCAAACAAACCUUCACCACCCUGCUCCCCUUGCACACUCCUCCCGACUCGUCCAUCCACCGCCUCAUUUCCAGCGGCGCCGGCCUUGCAGACACAUUUCGCUCCCUGCACCCCACCCCAGAAACCUUCACACCAGACACAGAGACCGAGUGGAUAUCCACGUACCGCACUCUCUACGCCACUCAUGGCCAAUCCCUCAUAGCAGCCUUUCCAGGCGCCCAGAAACUCCUCUGCGAGCUGAAGAACCGCAACAUCCUCACGGCCAUCAUCAGCAACAAAGGCGUGGCGGCGGUGAAGACCGCGCUGGAAAGGAACAAUCUCCAGGGCUUGGUCCCGGAGGAUUUGAUUAUCGGCGAUAAGACGCCCGGUGCGGCGAGAAAGCCUGACCCGUCGGCUUUUGAGAAUGUGGUGGUCCCUGCCUUGAGGUCAAAGGGUGUCCAGGUCGAUCCCGAACGGGUGCUAGUGGUCGGGGAUACGGUGGCGGAUAUACUGUUUGCGAGGAAUAUCGGGGCGAGAGCGUGUUGGUGUCGGUAUGGAUAUGGAGAUCGCUCGGCUUGUGAGGAUCUGAAGCCAGGGUUUGUGGUGGAUUCAUUGGAGGGGGUGCUUGGGUUGUUAUAA